UUUACACCUUCAACACGAGCCAGCUACAACUGUCUAACAAGUGGAAUGCUGCUCACUACCAUCGGAGUUUGGACUGUCUCCUGCCCUGGGAGCACGGAUGGUCACAAUUUAACUAUCAAAGUUAACGAAAAUGAGAAAUGUAAACUGUUGUUUUUGCAAAUCAUGGGCCCAGCGGUAACGUUUGUCGGCAUUUGCUUCUUGUUGAUGGCUCAUGCCAAAAGGAAGGUAGCAUUAAGUGCUGGUGAAGAAAGUACAUCUACAAAUGAUCUGCAGCCUUACAUGUCAGGACCAUGUCAAAUUGCAACAGAUAGCUCUGGGCUGGUUCUUCCACUACCACCGCCUUACUUCCCCAACCCACUGGUAAAUGAUGUCGAUCAUCCUGCACCUACUGAAGACCCUCCUUCUUAUUUCAGUGUCAUCUUUUGCAGGUAA